CUCCGGAUAAGACUAAAUUUUUCUGUGAUUAGUGUUCUACUUUCCCGAGUUCGUUUGGCUACUUACUGUUCUUGCCUGCCUCGAAGUUAUGUAUUUUGAUUUAGGUCAGUGACCUUAAGCCGGAUGUUAUUUUUGCAUUAAUUGCAUUAACUAAAAUGUGGAUUUUUAAAAACUCUAAAGUUUAUUAUUUAUUAUAACUUAAAAUAAAUGUUUGCAUUGUGAUUCGUGUAAAUGUUAUCAAUAUGUAUUUUAUAAUUUGUUUGUUUGUAAAUUCAUUUCUUUAAUUUACGUUUAUUAUUUUUUUUUUUAUAUAUUUUUAUAAUUGUUACGUUGUGGAGAAUAAAAGAAAAUGAUGGCUGAGUAUAGUGAAAUCAAUUUAACAAGUCAAGAGCUACAAAUGUUGUCGGAUUUAGACAGUCGGAUGUACGGCUUCUUGAAGUUAAAUGAUCCAAAAGAAGAAAAGAAAAAAAACCUUGUACUCAAAGCCAUUAAAUAUCUUGAAAGGAUGUUAAUGCAGAUGCAUAAAGAAAGAACAGAAGAUGAGUCUUCAAAAGCAAUUAAUAUUGAUUCAAAAACAUAUUGCAAACUAGGACAUUUUCAUUUGUUGCUAGAAAAUUAUUCCAAAGCAAUGUCUGCGUAUCACAAGUAUUAUCAUAAUGCAGAAUUUAAUCACUGGAAAGAUGCAAAUUUUUUGUAUGGUUUGGGCCUUGUAUACUUCCAUUUUAAUUCAUAUCAAUGGUCUAUAAAAUUUUUUCAAAAACUUCUCUACGUAGACCCAAAUUUUCAACGAGCAAAUGAAGUUCAUCUCAGAUUGGGUUUGAUGUACAAAGUGUUUAAUGAAUGGGAAACAGCUUUAAAACAUUUAAAAAAUGCUCAUUCGGAUGCCAGUCUUAGUACAUUUUCAAAACUAGAAAUCAGCUUUCAUAUUGCACAUUUAUAUGAGGUUCAAGGCAAGUAUAAAUUAGCCAAAGAUCAUUAUGAACAGUUAUUAAAUGAUUCAAAAAUUACCGUACAUCUUCGUGCUGAUAUUUGUCGGCAGUUAGGAUGGAUGUACCACAGUUGUGAAUGCUUAGGUGAUAAAAAUCAACGUGAAACUGUAGCUAUACAAUAUUUACAAAAAUCUAUAGAAGCAGACAAUAAAUCAGGCCAAUCACUCUAUUUGCUCGGACGUUGUUACGCAAGUGUUGGAAAAGUUCAUGACGCAUUUAUAGCAUAUCGUAAUUCUGUUGAGAAAUCUGAAGGAAACGCAGAUACAUGGUGCUCUAUCGGAGUUUUAUAUCAGCAGCAGAACCAGCCUAUGGAUGCACUGCAAGCAUAUAUAUGUGCAGUGCAAUUGGAUAAAGGACAUAGUGCAGCCUGGACUAAUCUAGGUAUAUUGUAUGAAAGUUGUAAUCAACCAAAAGACGCACUUGCUUGUUAUGUAAAUGCAACCAAAGGAAGUACAGUGAAUGAAUCAUUAAUGAAAACCACAAUCAAUGUGCCAGUAUCUACAAUGAAUCCUAAUCUUGGUCAACGUAUCAAGUUUUUACAAACGCACUUAUGCAAUGCACCUAUGCCUAGUAUUACCAGCAAACGUCGACAGUUGCCUUCAAUUGAAGAAGCUUGGAAUUUACCCAUUUCAGCUGAAAUGUCAUCUAGACAACAGCAGCAGCAACAACAAAAGACUACUGCACAAACUCCUUUUCAAAAAUCUCAAGAAAUGAUAUCCAGUCAGCCUCCUCCUUAUAAUUCACCUAAACCAGAUCCACAAAGUGAAAAUACCACUAAAAGAAUUAAAGUUGAACCUAGAAUUGGUUCUAACGAUAGCCCUCAGCCUUUGCCUGCAUACUAUUUAAGUAGUCAACAAGUACAAAUUAUGAAUGUUCUACAACAAAAUUCUAAUAAUUUAUCACCCCGGGAACAGACAAUGCUCCAACAAUUGCAAAAUAACUAUCGAAUGAUGCAACAGCAUCAGCAGCAAAUGCGAUUGAAACAACAAAACGGUAGCGGUGUUGGUCAGCAAGGACAAUAUCAAAAUUCUUCAGUCAUCAAACAGUUUCCUGAUCAAAAUAGGAGUGAUUCGAAAUCAACAGAUAUAAUAGACAGUACAAAUGAAAAUCAAGAACUAGACAGGGAGUUGCAGGCUCUUUUAUCCCAAAAAGAGCUAACUACCUCAUUAGCUGAAGAUUUGCUCAAGCAAUUCGGUUCUUCUGAUGAACUGGAUAACAUUAAGAUAGAACCAAACGAAACGGCAACAGUACAGUCUGAAGAAGUGAAGACAUGUAUUCAACCAAUAGCUUCUGAGCCUGUGGUCAGAUACCACGAUACUAGUUCUUCCGAUUCUGAUUACUCAUUAAGUAUGACCGCUGAAGAAGUAUUAAGUGUUGCCAAGAAAGAAACUGGAUCAGGUAUGUGGAAUAGAAAUGUACUGAGUCCAAAUGGACCUCCACCUACACCACCUGAUCCUCCGCCACAGCAACUAACACGAGAACAGUUACUACCAUCUACCCCAUCCGUGAUGUUAGAAAAUAAAAAGGAUGCAUUUAGCCCUCGUUUACAGGAAUUUUGUUUAAAAAAUCCUAUUGCGGUUGUCCGUUGUUUAGCUGCUGCCCUUAAAUUAGAUUUGGGAUUAUUUUCAACUCGAACGCUAGUGGAAACCAAUCCAGAUCAUUCUGUUGAAGUUCGCACCCAAGUAAUGCAAAGCAGUGACGAUAAUUGGGAUGUCAAACAAAAUCGAAGAGGGUGGGCUUGCAUAAGUCAUAGAUCACAUACAACUAUUGCUAAAUAUGCCCAAUACCAGGCAUCCAGUUUUCAUGAAUCAAUCCGAGAUGAAAAAGAAGGUAUCACUGGUGUUCAUUCAGUUCCUAAUUCUAACUUAUCUGAUUCAGAUUCCAAAGAUUCUAUGUCUAUGGAAAAGAAACGAAAAAAGAAUAUUAAUUUACCCGGCAUUAAACCUCCAGCGGGUAGUAAGAUGCUCAAGUUUGGUACAAAUGUCGAUUUAUCAGAUGAAAAAAAAUGGAGAUCUCAGUUGCAAGAACUUACAAAAUUACCUGCAUUCGCACGUGUUGUUUCCGCAGCUAAUAUGCUCUCGCAUGUCGGCCAUUCUAUAUUAGGCAUGAACACUGUACAGUUGUAUAUGAAAGUUCCUGGAAGUCGAACUCCUGGCCAUCAAGAAAAUAACAAUUUCUGUUCUAUAAAUAUAAAUAUCGGGCCUGGAGACUGUGAAUGGUUUGCCGUUCCAGACGCAUAUUGGGGUGUCAUCAACAAUCUUUGUGAAAAAUAUGGGUUAAACUAUUUACACGGUUCGUGGUGGCCCUUGAUUGAAGACUUGCUUGCUGCGAAUGUUCCUUUGUAUCGAUUUUUACAAAGACCUGGUGACAUGGUUUGGGUAAACUCUGGUUGUGUUCAUUGGGUUCAAGCCGUUGGUUGGUGUAAUAACAUUGCUUGGAAUGUUGGCCCAUUAACUGCAAGACAAUACCAACUUGCAAUAGAACGUUACGAAUGGAAUAAAUUGCAGAGUUAUAAAAGCAUUGUUCCUAUGAUACAUUUAAGUUGGAAUUUAGCUCGAAAUAUCAAAGUUUCAGACCCUAGGCUCUAUGACCUCGUAAAGAUGUGUUUGAUGUGUUCUAUGCGACAAUGUGGUAUCACAAUGGAGUUUAUUAAAUUAAAAAAAAUUCAGACUCGUUUUCAUGGACGAGGCAAGAAUGAAGCUUCGCAUUAUUGUCAUGACUGUGACGUGGAAGUGUUUAAUAUUCUUUUGAUACGUGAACAAGAGAAAAAACAUUGUGUAUAUUGUGUUAUAUGUGCAAAGAAACAAUCUCCAAAUUUAGAAGGGUUCGUGUGUUUGGAGGAAUAUAAGAUGUCUGAUCUUGUAGAAAUCUAUGACAAUUUUGUAUUACACAGUCAGGCUUUACCUGUACCGUCGUCCAAUAAUAAUACUGUAGUACAAUUGACGUAAGUUUUAGUAUCUACGAUAUUACACAAUAUUUGUAUUCAUUAUUUUGUAUUAAUAUAUAUAUAUUUUUUUUUAUAUAACUAAUUGUAUAUAAAAGAACACGUAUGAUUUUAAGUAUUUGUCCCUGACAAACUCUUAUUGCAAGCAAUAUUUUCUACUAAUUGUUUGAAUUUUUUUUGAGUAUAGAAUAAAGUUUUUACAAGAACGUCAAUUUUUCGUAUGCUUUAAGUGAAUCAUUUUUUUUACCAUAUAAUAAGAUUAAAACGAUAGCGUUUAUAGUUUUAUUGAUACUUUGUUCAAAGCGUAAAGUAAAUUGAUGAAAUUGAUUAGUCGUGUGUGACUUAUGCAGUCGAUUAAUAGUAUAUUUUAUAUGUCGUUGGUACGCUUGAAGUACUUUUGUAAUUAGGUUAUUUGUCCUUCUUUUAAAUGAAAACAUUUUUUUUUUCAUGUGAAAUAUUACCGAGGCUAAGUUAAUUACAAAUGAUUAAGUGUAAUAGAUAAAUUAAAACAUAGCUUUAAAGCCGUCAUUAAAAUGAUUUGGGAACAUCUGUUGUAUAUAGCUAUUAAAUAAGUUAUUUUUAUUAUAUAACAUUGUCAACAUUAAUUUUAUAGUAGUUUAAUCAGCUCUUCACACACAUUAUGUGUUCAUAUAAUAUGUACAAAACUUAAACGACUGUAUAACCUCUGAAAGUAUAAAAUGCUGUGUCUUCUAUUAUU